AUGGCUUGUGAGUCCGUGUGCGAGAUUGCGUUGAAUAUGAAUUGUACGGAAGUUCAGGACGCUCUAGUCUUUCGAGGCGAUUGCUGCACUCUUGAAGAAAUCAAUGACGAAUGCUUUAUGGUUUCUACGGGAGAUUGCUCCAUCAAGGCGGCCGGGGCCAAUGAUACCAGUUGCACGUACGACGACGUGGGAAAUCCCGUGGCUUGUCUGCCCGCAUACACGCUCUACUCGUCAUUCUCCAAUGAUCCUUGUCCAGCAUCUAGCUUUCCCGUGCCCCAAUGGACCGAUGCUCCCACGCAGACUCCAUCUGUCGGAGGCACAGACAGUUCCACAGAUACAAAUGCCCCAACUCCCUUUCCCAUUUCAUCAUUCGCCAUAAUGGACAUUGUCAAUGGAGAUCCCACUCUGGGAGAUUGCUAUGUAGUCCAGCGAACCAUGAUUGGAUCUUCCGCUCAUCCAGUCACGGGAUGUGUCGAAUCCAGUUUGACUUAUACAUACUACAAUGGGGGAGACAAGGCCACUCCCGAUGGAAACGAUAUUGUUGAUACCGGAUACGACAAGGAAAUUUAUUUGGUCGCACGAGCUGAGAUUGUGCGUGACUGCCACGAUCCAGUGGCGCUUCCCGAUACAUGUACCAUUGAAGUCGAUGGGGUGGGAUUUUGUAACGCAUGUUCCUACAGUACUGGAGGACAAGUCACUCUUACGGAUUGUACCAACCUCGACAGUCCCCCCAUAUUUACCAGCUCCCCUCAGACGGUCGAAUUCUUUUACGACGGAGCACCCGAGUCCGAAUAUGCGCUCCAUUUUUUGAGGUUGGCAUUUGACGAGGAAAAGUGCAACCAUCCCGCUCAAGCCGAAUAUGACACCUCAGGGCCCACCCAUAUUGACUCGUUUGUUGGAACCACGGCGCCCUCGCAAGUGCCAAUAUCCGAUGCACCCAGCUUUGUGGAGACCUUCGUCUCUACUUCCAGGAUAUCCAUGGAACAGUUCCAAGGACUGCCAGAGUAUGGAGAUUGCUUUACUGUGGAUAGAACCUUCCAAGACACAUCUGCGAAUCACUAUACUGGAUGUCGCACAGGACAGGUCACCUAUGAUUACUCCAUUGGACUCAUGGUUGACAUUGACUACUAUGCGGGCUGUGAUGAUCCCACCGCCAAUACCUGCACCGUUCAGGUUCAUGGAUACGGAACCUGCCAGAGCUGCGAGGUGGACAGCACCCAGCAGGUCACACUCUUAGAUUGCAGCAAUCUGGCACAUCUAUCUUCUCCUCCUCUGGUCAACAGCAAGUGGAGUUUGUGCAUGAGUCCGUUCCUGAGUAUGACCUCCAGUUCUUCCAGCUUUCUGAUGAAUGGAAUGGCUGCGACAGCUCCACACAGGCCCCAGCGUUCCAAGGACUACCAGAGUAUGGAGAUUGCUUUACUGUGGAUAGAACCUUCCAAGACACAUCCGCAAAUCCCUAUACUGGAUGUCGCACAGGACAGGUCACCUAUGACUACUCCAUUGGACUCAUGGUUGACAUUGACUACUAUGCGGGCUGUGAUGAUCCCACCGCCAAUACCUGCACGUUCAGGUUCAUGGAUACGGAACCUGCCAGAGCUGCGAGGUGGACAGCACCCAGCAGGUCACACUCAUAGACUGCAGCAAUCUGGGCACAUCUAUCUUCUCCUCCUCUGGUCACAGCAAGUGGAGUUUGUGCAUGAGUCCGUUCCUGAGUAUGACCUCCAGUUCUUCCAGCUCUCUGAUGAAUGGAAUGGCUGCGACAGCGCCACAACAGGCCCCAGUGUUACCGUCUCCACCUUCCCCAGCCUAGUGCCAGUGUCCGAUGCCCCCAGUUAUGUGGAGACCACCAUCUCAUCCCAGUACGCCACUUCUUCCAUGAUUUCCAUGGAACAGUUCCAAGGACUACCAGAGUAUGGAGAUUGCUUUACUGUGGAUAGAACCUUCCAAGACACAUCCGCAAAUCCCUAUACUGGAUGUCGCACAGGACAGGUCACCUAUGACUACUCCAUUGGACUCAUGGUUGACAUUGACUACUAUGCGGGCUGUGAUGAUCCCACCGCCAAUACCUGCACGGUUCAGGUUCAUGGAUACGGAACCUGCCCAGAGCUGCGAGGUGGACAGCACCCAGCAGGUCACACUCAUAGACUGCAGCAAUCUGGGCACAUCUAUCUUCUCCUCCUCUGGUCAACAGCAAGUGGAGUUUGUGCAUGA